AGGUUAUAUUUUGAUAAUGGUGAGACAGAAAUAUAUGCUUUGCUUUAGUGAGGUGGUUUGGAAUAAAUUGAGACGUGUACAUAAAUAAGUAAGUGUAGUGUGUGUCCUCACAAAAUCACAAUUCACAACCAAUCCAAUUAAUUAGAGAGAGAGAGAGAGAGAGGAAGAAGAAGAAGCAGUUAUGGCAGAUUGGGGGCCGGUGGUGAUAGCGGUGGUGCUGUUCGUGUUGCUGAGUCCGGGGCUCCUUUUCCAGUUGCCGGGUCGGAAUCGGGUUGUGGAUUUCGGGAACAUGCAAACAAGUGGGCUAUCCAUUUUGGUUCACACCAUUAUCUUCUUUGGCCUUAUUACUAUUUUCCUCAUCGCCAUUGGCAUCCACAUCCACACUGGCUAGCCUCAAACCUAUCCCAUCCUUUAUUGUUUUUGUUUAGAUUAUUUGGUUGUUGCUUUUGUUUCAUGUUUUAUAAUUAAGGUAUGUGCUUCUUGUUGUAUUUAGCUACUAUUUCUUGGUUGCUUUUGUAAUUUUGUUUAUCAAAUUGGAUGUAAUUCAAUGAUUUUUGGGGGCAAUGUUACCAUUUCCUUUUCA